ACAACAUGUGGGCAGCCUGUAGAAAACACCACAUUUGUACCUGAGUAAUAAGUGUUUAAUGAUUUUUUUUAAUACCAAACUAAAAGCAACAUAUGAAUAAUGAUUCAAUUCUUUAAUUUAUAUACACAAAGUAUUUAAAUAUUGUCAAGAGGCUUAGGAGAAACUUUAAUCGUCAGUUUUCGAAUGAAGUGCGUCAUUGGCUGUAGUUCCGGGAGGACCCGAGCAGGUGCAGCCGAACCGUCGGCUUCAUAUUCAAGACUCCGUUCGGAUUAUUAACCUUUUGAAUUUCUUCAGCGUCCGGAGCUGCUGAGUGAAGGAAACUCUCACCUGGUUUCAUGUACAUGUCGUCCAUGUUGGAGUCCAUCGGCUCGAGUCACCAGAGCUUCUUCUUCUUCUUCUUCCGGAGGACAGUGCAGGGUGAGCGAGGCAGAGACUUAGAGAUGGGAGGGGGCGAUGACAUCAGCAGGAGGAGGAGGAGGAGGAGGAGGAGGAGAACAGCAUCCUUCAUCAGACAGAGAGGAGAGAGAGAGGACGAGUGAGGACGAGUGAGGGAGAGGACGGACGAAUGAGAGACGAGAGAGAGAGAGAGAGAGAGAAAACACCGGGACAUAGAGAAGAUAAAGGAGAAGAAGAAGGAGAAGACGACUGAUGGUGUCGACAGACGGAGGGACGAGAGACACUGAGAGACACAGACAGACGGAGAGAGAGAGAGACGAGCAGCAGGAGGCUUUAACGUCUGUUAUCUGGGCCUCUCGGUGUGUGUGUGUGUGUUAGUGUGUGUGUGAUCAGCUGAUUGGAACAAACAAGUUGGAGGGCAGAACCAUGAUGGGCAAGGACUACAUGUUGGCCAUCAUCAUAGUCAACUAUGACGACAACAUCUGGACUGACCAGAACCUGCAGCCGGACCCGGACCUUCCCUCCGGCUGGAGAACCAUCAAAGACUCCACAGGAACGUACUACUGGCACGUUCCCACCGGCACCACCCAGUGGCAGCACCCCAGCCUCACUGGGACGCCCCGGCCUCUCGACACACAGCAGGAGGAAGCUGGACAGCAGUGCUCCAGCAAACAGACAGACACACCACCGGAGGACAGGUCUUCAUGGCAUGAAGAUUAUCUGACCAUCCACGACCCAGACUCCAAGUGUUUUGCGGUGCGCUCACUGGGCUGGCUGCAGGUGGAGGAGGAGGACCUGUCUCCCGGUCGCAGCAGUCUUGCCGUCAGUAACGUCAUCCAGCAGCUGUCUCACUGCAGCAGCCCCGAGCAGAGAGACAGGAUGGGAGCCUGGGGGGAGGGUCGGGAGAUGGUGCUGGUUCUGAAGAAAGACACUCUGACCCUGUUGGACCCUUUAGACCAAACCCCCCUCCACUCUCAGCCAAUCUUCAACAUCCGUGUCUGGGGAGUGGGCUGCAACAAUGGCAGGGACAGGGACUUUGCCUUCGUGGCGGGAGAUAAGGACAGCUGUAUGCUGAAGUGUCACGUGUUCCGCUGCGAUGCUCCAGCCAAAGCCAUCGCCACUGCUCUGCAUGAGAUGUGCUCCAAGAUGAUGUCAGAGAAGGCGCUGAUGAGGCCGUCCCGCUCUCUGACGAUGGAGAGUAUCUCACCUGAAGACCUGCCCAGACAAGUUGAGUUCCUGGAGGCGGUCCAGCAGCAGGUCCAGAGGUUUGAGGUCCAGUACAUCGGUAACCUGCCGGUGUCCAGAGCCAUGGGUAUGGAGGUGUUGAACAGAGCGAUCGAGAGCAUCAUGAACUCCACAGACAGAGACGACUGGGAGCCGACUGUGAUCCACGUCACUGAUAACGUCCUGUCUCUGCGGAAGGGCGAGGAGGGGGAGGAGCCGCUAUGGGAGUGUCAGGUUCGCUUCCUCACCUUCCUUGGUGUCGGCCAUGACAGCCACACCUUUGCCGUGAUCGUCGAUGGCGGCACGCAGCGAUUCGAGUGUCACGUGUUCUGGUGUGAGCCCGACGCAGGAUUCCUCUCAGAGGCCGUCCAGGCAGCGUGCAUGGUCCAGUAUCAGAAGUGUCUGGUGGCUCAGACUCCUCCGCCGAGGUCAAAGUCAUGGCGUGCGAACCCCUCAAAGGUCAAACGGGCCAACUCCAUGGACAGCGCCGCCUUUCCUCCUCUCACCGCCCGAUACCACAGCAACGGCAGCUCCACCAUGAUGAUGCAGAGGAUAACGAAGGGCAACGGCGGCGGCAGCAGCGGCGUGAGGAAGGGGAUGAUGGCGUUCUUCGAAACUUUUCGCAACAAACAGACCGCCACCUCCUAAUGACAGGGGCGGGACCGUCAGAGCCAUACAUCAGCAGCAGUGGUAUAUUCUGAGUGGUCUCCGCUCUGCCAGAACUAGAACAUGUUCGACCAAGACACUGACGUGACGAAACAAAACAAUCGACUGACUCGUGAACUCGUGGCUCUGUCGGUCCGACUGUCUGAUUCUGCCGCCUUCACCUUACCAGCGAACGACGACACUCGCCUCAGUUGCCUCGUCCUAAAACAUUCCUGUCAGAACUCGUGGGAAUGUCACGUGACCAGGUCCUGAAGACGCUGUGACGGAUCAGACCAGGAAACAUCAACGCACACAACCGAUCAGUAACACGUCCGACAGCUCAUCACGUGCUCAGAUCAUUUCAUCCACAGAAAAGUGAAAAAUGAUCGUACUACUCGGGACCAUGUGACCAUCAGUACACCUUCAAAACAAGGAAACUGAAACAUGAGACUGAUAAGACAAAAAAGAUCCUACUUAGAUUUAAUCAAAAAAGAACUUAAUCGUUAUCUAUUGGUAUUACCCUUAAAGAACCCUUAAAGAACCCUUAAAGAACCCUUAAAGAACCCUUAAAGAACCCUUCGUUCCUGAACCUCUGCCCCACAUUUCCCAUUGAAAAGAGUGAAGCUUAGAUUUAAGUUAGAGAAGAAGAGUGUACCACAGUGGAUGUCAGUGUCACACAAACAAUACAGAAAACAAGUUGUAUAAUUAUUAUUAUUAUGAGAAGAGAAAGUCAAAAUGUUAGAGAGUAGUUUGAUGAUGCUUCAGACGUCAGAACUUAAAAGUAUUAAAUAGGAUCCAUUAAAAAAAGUUUCAGUGAAAUCGAUCAAUAGGCUGCAGCUGAGGAUUAAUCUUAUUGGCUGAUGUGCAGAUAUUCACAAUGCAAACAUUUUAAUGUAACACGCUAUUGAACGCCUCCUGGGCCGGUCAGUAAAUGCACCACAAACAAAUCUACAUCUAUUGAAAAGAUAUUUUUGAGACUUGAACGACAGCGGGACACGUGACCUGUGCAUGUCAAUGACAGCAUGGAAAGUCAUUGUACACCUCCUGGAAACGACUCCUUGAACAUCAGGAGUGUGUGUGUGUGUGUGUGUGUGAGAGAGAGAGAGAGAGAGAGAGAGAGAGAGAGAGAGAGAGAGAGAGAGAGAGUCUCCAGCUGCCUCCUGAUUGGCCGAAGCCCUGGUGGGUUCAAUGUUAGUAGGAAAAUAUAUUCUCUUCGUGUGUCUGCAGGAAAAACAACUCGAUGAUGUCAUGUAUAAUAACAUAGAAUAAAGACAUGAAACUAUCAAAA